AUGAGGGAAGGCUUUGUGAAGUGUUACUGCGAACACACAUUGUUCGUAAAGACAGAAGGAGGGAACUCGUUGAUCAUCAGUUUGUACGUCGAUGAUCUCAUCUACACCAGCAACUCGGAAAGCAUGCUUGAUAGCUUCAAAAAAUCGAUGCAAGAAGAGUUCUCUAUGACGGAUUUAGGGAAGAUGAAGUACUGUCUAGGUGUGGAGGUUAUACAAGAUGAGGCUGGGAUCUUUAUAAGUCAGAGAAAGUAUGCUCUGGAGACUCUGAAGAAGUAUGGGAUGCAGGACUGCAAUGCUGUGAGAAAUCCGAUGGUUCCAGGCAACAAACUGACAAAGAGAGGAGCUGGAGAAGAAGUAGAUCCAACGGCUUACAAGCAACUUGUGGGAAGCUUGAGGUACUUAACAGCUACUCGACCUGAUUUGAUAUAUUCUGUGAAUGUGGUCAGUAGAUACAUGGAGAAUCCAAGAGAGGAACACAUGAUGGCUGUCAAGCAUAUCAUGAGGUAUGUGAAAGGGACUGCAGGUUUCGGAAUUCAGUACUUGUGUGGUGGAGAAGAAAAACUUGUGGGGUAUGUGGAUAGUGAUUAUGCAGGCGAUGAAGACGAUAGAAAGAGCACAUCAGGUUUUACAUUUAUGUUUGGAGGAGGAGCUGUGUCUUGGAGCUCAAAGAAACAGCCCAUCGUUACUCUUUCUACCACGGAGGCAGAGUAUGUUGCUGCAGCAAAUGGAGCUUGUCAAGCUGUAUGGAUGAGGAAUAUGUUAACUGAAAUCGGGUUUGGUCAAGGUGAUGGUACGGUUCUUUUCUGCGAUAACAGUUCAGCUAUCAAGUUAUCAAAGAAUCUUGUGCUACAUGGAAGAAGCAAGCAUAUACAUGUGAGGUUCCAUUUCUUAAGAGAGCUCGUGAAUGAAGGUAUCAUUUCAACGGAGUAUUGUUCAACUCAUGAGCAAUUAGCGGAUAUCAUGACAAAACCGGUAAAGCUUGAAGUGUUCGAGAAGUUGAGGGCAGACAUUGGAGUAACAUUGAAAGAAGGUUAA